AUGAGCGAGAAAUUCAGAUCUCUUUACCAGUCGGUAAAGAGAAAUCGUACGCAGCAAGAUUCAGACGAUACCGAUCACGAAAUCAACAACGCCGAAGCCUCUCCUCCCACGGACGCUCCGCCGGCUUACACGCCUACGGCCCCCGCGGCUUCGUCCAGUCGCGCCAGCGCCGGCGCCACUACCGCCCUGGGGGACGAUGACCGUUUUGCCUUUCUCUGUGACUUUGACACGGUCUUUCUCAUCGACGACUCCGCAUCCAUGCGCCUUGAUGCGAGCCCCACGGCCCGAGGCUCACGCUGGGACGAAGUCGCCGACGUGCUCCGCGCGGUGGCGCCCAUCUGCGCCGCCCGCGACGACGACGGUCUCGACGUUUACUUUCUCAACCACCGAUCGCCCAGCAGCCGCGUCGCGCCGCCCGGCAAAGCCCCUGGCGGGUACUACAACAUCCGCGACGCCGCCGCGGUGACGCGCAUGUUUGGCGCCACCCGGCCCGACGGCUACACGCCGACGGGCAAGCGUCUCGAGGAGAUACUCGAUGCCUACCUGAAGCGCCUGGAGGCGGCGCCCAGUCCCAAGAGCGUCAAGUCGAUGAACGUCAUCGUCAUCACCGACGGCGACCCCACGGACGACCCCGCCGGCGUGCUCAUCGAGGCGGCGCGCCACCUGAACCAGCUGAACGCCGGGGCGUCGCAGCUCGGCGUGCAGUUCUUCCAGGUCGGCCGGGACGCAAGGGCCAAGGAGGCCCUGCAGGAGCUGGACGACGGACUGUCGAAGCACUCGGGCAGGGACAUUGUCGACGCGGUGACGUGGGACAAUACGUCGCGCGGGGGACCUGGCUUGACUGCCGGGGGCGUCUUGAAGGUGGUGCUUGGCGCCGUCUCGAGACGACUGGACUGGAAGCCCAUGGGUGGCGGGCGAUAG